CAGGCGCACUUCCCCGCCCUCCCUGCGUGCGCAAGGUUUGACCCUGUCGGCGUGCCGUCCGACGUGGGGGCUGGUGGGUAAGGCAAGAUGGCGGCCGUGGCUCGCUGCUCUUGGGCUCCCCGCGGCCUCUUGCUGCCAAGGGCAGGCCCUGGCAUUUCUGUGUUAGCUGCAGCACCAUCUGUGUUGCAUCAGCACCGCCAAGUUCAUCAUGCGGUAAUCCCUCGUGGAAGAAGUGGACGAUCCUCUGUUAGUGGCAUUGUGGCCACUGUCUUUGGGGCUACAGGUUUCCUGGGACGAUAUGUUGUCAACCGUUUAGGUCGCAUUGGAUCUCAAGUAAUCAUACCCUAUCGCUGUGAUCAGUAUGACCUCAUGUAUCUGCGACCGAUGGGUGACCUGGGGCAACUUCUCUUCUUAGAGUGGGACUCUAAGGACAAAGACUCUAUCCGAAGAGCCGUGGAACACAGCAAUGUGGUCAUUAAUCUUGUUGGAAAGGAAUGGGAAACAAAAAAUUUCAGUUUUGAAGAUGAAUUUGUAAAUAUUCCGAAAACUAUUGCGCAGAUAACUAGGGAAGCUGGUGUGGAAACACUCGUUCAUAUCUCUCACCUGAAUGCUAGCAUGAAGAGUCCUUCCAAAUACCUCAGGAGUAAAGCUGUUGGAGAGAAAGCAGUGAGGGAAGAAUUUCCAAAUGCUAUAAUUCUGAAGCCCUCUGAGAUGUUUGGGAGAGAGGACCGAUUUCUCAAUCAUUACGCAAACAUGCGCUGGUUUGGUGGUGUGCCUCUUAUUUCUCUGGGCAAAAAAACAGUGAAGCAACCGGUCUAUGUGGUUGAUGUAGCAAAGGCAAUUAUGAAUGCAAUUCAGGAUCCUGAUGCUAAAGGAAAAACAUACGCCUUGGCUGGACCUAAGAGAUACCUCCUUUACGACAUGGUAGAGUACAUCUAUGCCGUUUCCUUUCGAACCUUUCUUCCCUAUCCGCUUCCUCGUCCUCUCUAUCAUUUAGUUGCAAGAUUCUUUGAGAUUAAUCCGUUUGAACCAUGGUUAACACGAGACAAAGUGGACCGGUUUCACACAACAGACAUGAAGUUUCCUGAUCUUCCUGGUUUGGAAGACCUGGGUAUUCAACCAACAUCACUAGAACAAAAAGCGAUUGAAGUUCUGCGCCGUCACCGCAGAUACCGCUGGUUGGACGCUGAGCUGGAGGAAGCAAAACCAGCUAAGACAUAUCCCAUGUAAUAGUUGAUAAGCACAGCUUCAGUUCUGCCACAGACCACUCCUACAGGAUCUUAAUUCAGACAAACAUUAGACGGAGAACAUGCAGGUGAUGAAUAUCCAUGAAAAGUUUGCCUUAAGCAGUUUGCUCCACAGCAGAUGGGAAUACUAGCGAAACAGCAUCACAUCAGUGCUGAGCUGCUGAAAGUUUCAUUUUCCACAAUAUUUUGCCUUCCGUAGCACUUCUGCUUCCUACGUUGUAGAAAUUACAGUGUGUUUUCUCAUUAUUUAUCCUUCCAAAGCAAUUUCUGUAGGAUUUGCCAAUGUUUAAAAAAAAAGUCACUUAUUUUGUAAUACCGUCCAGAAUACUAAAAUUCAGUUUCAUCUGUGUUUUUUAUCCUUACUCGUUUAUAAAUGAGAGGGUCUUCCUACUUACCCUGUCCCUAGUUUCUCAAGCUUGUGAUAGUUUUUCAGCAAUUUGCAAAGUACUGAAGGUCCUUGAUAAGUAUGGACUCGACGCUUCUGUGUAACGCCUUUGUGAGGGAUGUCACUCCAAGAGGCGUGGAAAGAGGGGGCUGUUGUUUUCCACCCUCCCCACAAGAGGUCACUGGUAGAGCAGAAAGUUGCAAUGGUCUCCAAGCGUGCUGGGUGCUCCCACUUUUUGCAACCUGUCUCUUGCUCAAGCUUUGCCAUUUCUCCCCUCUGUUCCUUGCCUACCCACAGACAGAAGACUGUCCACAGAGGGAUUUUUCAGCUCAGGCCCAAAACUGUACAUUGACAAAUUUAGGUACGGUGGUAUGAUAAAAUACGGGACUGUUACAGUCUCUGGCUGAAAGGGAACCUUGCUUUGGUCCUUUCCCAGCACCCAGUGUAAUAAUCUAACCUAUAGCCCACCUUCAGCCCUCUCUAGAGGGUCUUGUGAGAAAGUAGACGCUGGGCAGCAUCUGUUUAUGGGCCAGAUGAAUUAUUUGCAUGGCUGUGUGAGCGUAUGUGUGCACUUCGGAGACGGAUAGUUAAGGACCAAUAAGGGCUGGAGAGUCGGUGAAGAUAAUCAUGCUGGCAGUCAUGUUGCAAAUAUGUGCGUAUGUGUGUAUAUAUCUCUGUGUGUGCAUGUACAUAGAUGUGGAUGUAUACACACCCCUCCCAACCUUGGACAGUCUGAUGGGAAGUAUAUGCAUUUCCGUGGGACUGAGAAGAAAAAAGGUGUUGCUAAAACAUCAUUUCUCACAUCUGGCACUCAGGUGGCCUGAAAGGAAAAAGUGACAUUGGGCAGAAGUACCACUAAUUUGAUUCGUGUUCUGCCUCGGGGCACCAGAGAAGGAUUUGGACCUUAUGUUUGUUCAAAGACUAUAUAUCCUAAGCAAUUAGGACUCUGGUUUGGACUUAACUGCUAAUUACGUGCAUAUUUAUGCUGAAAAUAUGAUAACUCUUAAAUUACACUGUUCAUAGUAUAUCGCUCCAAGUUGGAAGAGGUGAUGGGCAUAGAAUUAAGCCUUCCUGUCUGUCUGCUGCUUUAUUCUUGCCUUUUAAUUUUUCUUUCUUGACUUACUUGGAAAGCCUUAAAACUUUCUUCAGUUGCUUAGAGGGCAGAUGGUUAACAACUGAGAAGAGCAUUCACGCUGGUAGUAAUUACUCUGUAGUUACCUCUGUCUCCCUGCUGGUUUCUCUUCUUCCUUUCUCCCUGCCCUAAGUGAUAUGCAUGGAUACGCAUUAUAUGAAAUGAGGAGAUCAGAGGACUGCUAUAUUUAAAGGAAUUCUGCUAUAUUUAAAGGAAUUCAAAGUGUUAUAAGAAGUCACAAGUAAUUCAUGAUGGUGUAAUUCAGAUAUGGAGGCAGAAGGUGAAGGACACUGACGAAGUGGCAAAGGAAAGCUGGUGGCUGAGCUGAGAAUAGAGUGUCAGUGUACUGCUAUGGCUUCUUUCUAUCCUUUUAAUGACUAGUUAUAGCCUGGGACUUACUCGCCUGAAACACCAUUCUUUCUUGAAAAAAGCUUACAAAGGUGGUAGUAUCAAAAUUUUUGUAAUAAACAAAUGAGACCUUUUGGAGGAGAAAUAUGAAUGAAGCCAGUUCUGGAUUCCUGUGAAUCACUGCUCUUGCUUUUCUUCAUGUUUUCUUAGGCCUGUUUUGACACACAUUUCCACUUUGGCUUGUAUAUAAAUCAGCAACAAUAAAUCACAGCUGAUCUACUUCCAAGAAUUU